AAUCCUGACGCCAGAGCGGCGCCGGCCUCGGCGGCUGAGGAGAGCGGGAGGAGGUCUCGGCGGCGGGAAGAUGGUCCUCUCGCCGGGCAGGAGACCCAGGCUCGCAACGCCAGGCCCUUCCCUGGAAGCCCUCGCAGCCCGGCGCCUGGACUGGGGAGUUGAUGGGGGAGGCUGCACUUUGGCGUAAAUUGCAAUCGAUUAGGGAUCAUUUCUCAGACUCAAGUUAGAAGUGAGAGUUCAGAUAAGUGAGGCCGCCAUUGCUGCUUUGAACACCUCAGAAGGGGAGAAUGGAUUUAUCAGGAGUGAAAAAGAAGAGCUUGCUAGGAGUCAAAGAAAAUAAUAAAAAGUCCAGCACUAGGGCUCCUUCUCCUACGAAACGCAAAGACCGCUCUGAGGAAAAGUCCAAGGACCGCUCUAAAGAUAAAGGGGCCACCAAGGAGUCGAGCGAGAAGGACCGUGGCAGGGAUAAAACUCGGAAGAGGCGCAGCGCUUCCAGUGGUAGCAGCAGCACCAGGUCUCGGUCCAGCUCUACCUCCAGCUCAGGCUCCAGCACCAGCACGGGCUCCAGCAGUGGCUCCAGCUCGUCUUCGGCAUCGAGCCGCUCAGGAAGUUCCAGCACAUCCCGCAGCUCCAGCUCCAGCAGUUCCUCUGGCUCUCCGAGUCCUUCUCGGCGCAGACACGACAACAGGCGGCGUUCCCGUUCCAAGUCCAAACCGCCCAAAAGAGAUGAAAAGGAGAGGAAGCGGCGGAGCCCUUCCCCUAAACCCACCAAAGUGCACAUCGGGAGGCUCACCAGGAACGUGACCAAGGAUCACAUCAUGGAGAUAUUCUCCACCUAUGGCAAGAUUAAGAUGAUCGACAUGCCUGUGGAAAGGAUGCACCCUCAUCUCUCGAAGGGCUACGCCUACGUGGAGUUCGAGAAUCCAGAUGAAGCCGAGAAGGCGCUGAAGCACAUGGACGGAGGACAAAUCGAUGGCCAGGAGAUCACUGCCACUGCCGUGCUGGCCCCCUGGCCUAGGCCACCCCCCAGGCGAUUCAGCCCUCCCAGGAGAAUGCUGCCACCACCUCCUAUGUGGCGCAGGUCACCCCCACGGAUGAGGAGAAGGUCGCGGUCCCCCAGGCGCAGGUCCCCUGUGCGCCGACGAUCCCGCUCCCCCGGCCGCCGCCGCCACAGGAGCCGCUCCAGCUCCAACUCCUCCCGAUAAGCGGAGCCACGGAAGCUCUGCCCCUGAGACUUAUGUCCCAUCCAGCUCACUUUCGUCACUUGUCUAGCCAAAGGGGGAUGGGUAGGAACGAAGGCUCUCACUCAGGGGCAGGCUUGGGGAUGUGCCUGGAAAGAUGGUUUUCUGGCUAGAAAGCUCCCACGUUUCUAGUUCCUGAGAGUCAGUUUAGUGGCAGAGCCAGCAGGGAUGAGCAGGGGGCGCCAGGUAGUGGCACAGCCCCAGCCUGGGAGCACGUUUUUUCCAUUCCGUGGUUGACCCGGGGCCAGUCUGGUGGCCUAGUCAUGCCCUAACCUGUUGGCCUACAGGGUCCCUCAGGAAAGGAUAUGCUUUUAUGCAGCUGCCAUUAGUCUGGCCUACCCCCUACUUGAAUCCUCUCUGACCUCUAGGAUCAAAUACCCUCUCUUACCUGCCCGGAAUGGUUUUUACAUAUAUUCGCGUGUGUGCGUGCACACACAGCCCUUGUCUUUCUCCGAAAUGAAAGCGUCUGGUCGUAGCAGGUCACCACGGAAAGUGCUUGUGUUGGUAUUCCUGACGGCCGUGCAGGAUACCUUGGCAACCAACGUGUACAUUGCUUUUUUGGCUUUUAUUGUACAGUCAGUACUACAAAUUUUGUUUUGAGUUUUGUAACUUUGUAGCAUUUUAGAUAAUGUUGUGUUUGUACUUUGUUGUGUAGAGUAAAAGGGCUGUGUUGAAUAAACCUUGAAUAGUGUGCAGCUCAA